ACUUCAAUUUUUUGGUUAGAUUACUUUUAUUUUUUGGGCCGUGUCUUUCCGGGAUCCCCCGCAGUAAAUGUUUGUAGAAAUUUGUACUUUUCUUAUUAUUUUGUAAUUCUGAAGUUUUCUUAAAUAUGCCCGACUCAUUUCAGGAUGUGUUAUUAACAUUUAAUAUUGCUCAUAAGAACCGUGAAAUUUAUCUUCAAUUGCACAACAAUGAUACCGUUGGGGAUUUAAAAAGUGAAAUUUUUAAUAAAGUGAAUGUCCCUCCUUCGAGACAAGUCAUAGAUUGUUGGUCGACAAAUCCCGAGAGUGAAAAUGAUAUUUUAGGUGCAUGUUGCGAUUACGAUAUAAAUUAUUUAGUUAUGUAUGACUCAGAUGAUUUGAGAGAAAACGACGUAGAAAUGGCUGAUGAAGCGAUAAAUCAUUUCAAAGAAUUUGAGCAUUCAGCUGCUAUAGAUUUUAUUGAUUAUUUUUCAACUAAUUUUGAUGAUAAAGGAAUAACGUUUCACGUGUAUUAA